AUGGAAAACCAAAGUGGAGACUACAAUUCAAAUGGAUUUUCAAACUCGCCAAAUAAUUUGAAUGCAGUGUUCAACAACGAAGGUAUGGGUAGAAGUGACAUUACAAGCUUAAACCAUCAACAGAACCCAACACGCCUGGUUCCAGACACUCAAAUGUGGUCGAUGCCCGUGCAAGACCAACUAGUGCCGAUGCCUAGUAGAGAUAAUCAUAUUAUGUCGAACAAUACAACGGGCUCAAUGAACGUUGUCUAUCCCAGCACGAUGUACCCCCCAAUGGAUCAACAGUCUCAACUGCAAGCACAACAGCAACAGGACGUCAGCGUUAUGAUGGAACACACUAGUAGUAAUGAUUUGACUGCCUCUAGUAAAAAUCUAAAAAAACGCGUAUCAAAGGCCUGUGAUCAUUGUCGAAAGAGAAAAAUUAGAUGUGAUGAAGUGGACCCGCAAACUAACAAAUGUUCAAACUGUGUCAAAUUCCAAUCGGCUUGCACUUUUAAACAUCGUGACGAAAUACUAAGGAAAAAAAGAAAACUAGAGAUUAAACAAAAUUCGGACAAAUCACCUCAGGCUCAAAGUAACGGUCCCAAUCCUGUAAUUUCUUCUAUGCCAAACAGUACUGCUAAUGAAACGUUUGAACCCUUUAGUAGUAAUCCGUCCUUGGAAAAUGAUAUCGUCAAUAAAAUUUCUAAUGCUCAAAAUAACCUGAACCGAGACAUGAACUCAAAGAUAGAAAAAUUAGACAGGAAAAUGUCUCAUAUUAUUGACAGUAUGGCCAGAUUUGAGUGGUUAUUAGAUAAGGUGGUCAAAAAGCAAGAGGGUAAACAGAGGGAAAAUAGUAAUUCACCUAAACCUACAAGAAAGAUAUACUCCACAGCUCUAUUAACCUCUCAAAAACUUUACUGGUUCAAACAAAGUUUGGGACCCAAAGUUUCAGACGAGGAAUUCCUUUCUCCCAUUAGUGAAAUAUUAUGCAUAUCUUUGAAAUGGUAUGCUACUCAGAUGAAAAAAUUCAUGGACUUAUCAUCUCCAGCUUUCUUCUCCAGCGAAAUUGUUUUAUACUCAUUGCCUCCCAAGCAGCAAGCGAAAAGGCUUCUUGAAAACUUUCAUGCAACCUUGUUAUCUUCUGUAACAGGUAUAAUAUCGUUGAAAGAAUGCUUAGAUUUAGCAGAGAAAUACUAUGACGAGAGCGCCGAAAAGCUCACAUAUCCUGAACACUUAUUAUUGAACGUAUGUCUCUGUUCUGGUGCCUCAGCAACUCAAACAAUUACGCGAGGGGAUUCGAAGUAUUUAAGAAAGGACAGAUACGAUCCGACUUCUCAAGAGUUAAAAACAAUUGAAAAUGUCGCUUUAUUAAAUGCAAUGUAUUAUUAUCAUAAGCUAUCCACGAUCUGUUCAGGCACAAGAACAUUACAAGCCUUACUACUAUUGAACAGAUACUUCCAAGUCACGUAUGAUACCGAGUUGGCGAACAGUAUUUUAGGAACUGCAAUUCGAUUGGCAGUUGACAUGGAACUAAAUAGAAAUUCCUCUUAUAAAUCGUUAGAUUUUGAAGAAGCCAUAAAGAGAAGAAGUAUGUGGUGGCAUUGUUUUUGUACGGAUAAACUAUAUUCUUUGAUGUUAUCUAGACCUCCUAUUGUGGGAGAGCAAGAUAUGGAUAUGCUCACCGAUCAGAAUUAUUUUGAAGUGAUAAAGAAUAACAUUUUACCUACCGUUAUUCAUAAAAAGGAAGAUCUCGACAAAAUCAAUGAUGUGAAAUCUGCAUUGAAUGUAGUUGUAAAUUUCUGCCAGCAUAUAUCCCUUUUCAUAUCCUAUUAUGUUUCAAAGUUAGUUAAUAUUGAGAGUAGAAUAUAUUCUACUUGCUUCGCUGUUAGAAGUACUUUGGACCUUUCGUUUGAUGCAAUGCUUGACAAAAUUGUCRAACUCAACGAUUCCUUAAACAAUUGGAGGAAUGACUUACAUGUAAGUAUGAAACUCAAAAGUUAUAAGCAAUACCUAUCAGUACUAUACGCCCAAAAUUCUCAAGAAAACCCUGCUUUGAGUUUUGAGAUUGCGUGUUGCCGUGUUUUGCAUUGCCACUUUAGGUCACUCUAUUCCAUUGUUAUUUUGAGUAUGCUAACCACAUCGCUGCUUAUUGAUAACAAACUACUGUACAAAGAUUCGCGCCAUGAGAUUCCACAAAUAUUUGUACUAUUUUCAAAUCAGUACUUGAAUGCUAGCAAGGAGAUGUUAACGCUUUUUCAAGGCAUUGAUUACCAAGCACACAUGUACAAUGAGAUUAUGUAUCAAUUUGCCACCGCCGUGUUUGUCCUUUUUUUCUUUGUUGUGGACAAUAUAAACAAUCCAAAAAGAAAAGUUGAAGUGAAAGAAACCAUCGAUCUUUUGAAGAAAGCGUAUGAUCAUUUAGUGGGCGAAAAUGACGAGCAGUUGCUUUCUGAUAAUGUCAAAUGGAAUACUUUGAUAGUGUUUUACAGCCAUUUCUUGAAAUAUGUUCUGCAGCGCUAUCAUGAGAUUGACGUCUCCAUAGCCGAGUUUGAUCCCAAACUCUAUGAUGAGAUAACUGCGAAGGUUAUUACGCAUUCAAGAAAAGUAAAAGAUGAGACCGUGGAUCAACUGAUAACGAGUCUGAAAUCGUAUGGAUCCUUGCAUUCUUUACAAAAGGAUAACGACGUUGGUAUCACAAGUAACGAGUUGAAUACGAGUAACAUUAAUUCAGAUGAUCUCCCAGAAAGAGCUUCGAUAAAUUUGUUUGGUGAAUUAUCAGUCGAUAUAUUGAAGAUGUUGAAAUCACAUUCUCCAAUCUCACAUAUUGCAGAUUUAUCGCCUCUUAUGAAAAGUAAAGGGUUAGCGGAUGACUCUUCCCUCUACCCAAUUCGAUCCGACUCAAACAGUCCUGUUUACCCAAUCCAUAGCUCCGAUGUAUCUGAUUCCGGGGAUACAUUUUCUACAGACGCAGAGGUUUUGGACCAAGCCUCUGGUAACGAUGAUGAAGUGAUGAAAGAUUUUGAAUCUUUUAUUACAUUAUUACCGUUAGGAAAAUUAAUCUAUGAUAGAGACUAUUCUUUCGUAAAUACUUUUAUGGAUUACAAAUAG